UCGACAAAGUGAUAUCUAUAGAGGUUUUCUAAAACUAUCACUUAUUCAGUUUUUAUUUAACAAGCGACGUGUUAAAGUUUUAUUUCAAUAGUUUUACAAAUAUAAAAUCCGUGUGUCGUGAUUUAGCCCAUUGUGUUACUCUUCAUUUUGGUGUUUUUGAACAGUUUUCUUGCAUUUUAGUUCCGAUUUAUUUCAACUACACUCAUACGUGAACUGUCUGCCGCAUAAAUGCGCUGACGUACCACGACGAAACGGCAACCAAUCAACAGAGCAGCUGUGCUGGGAAUAAAUUGCAUCGAAAACGGAAGGGAGGCAAAGCCCAAUAGAAAUAGAAAAAAAAACUAUUCUCAAAUAAAAUUGCAUCACGUGAGCAUUACGUGAACAUCAAAUAGCACAAGCAAGAGUGCAUCGAAGCAAACAACUCCAAGUUUUAUAAGAGGACAUACAAUCGAAGCGGCUCCAACCAAAAAUACCAUCAUCAGGGAGAUAAUUUAAACCUAAUAUUUUGUUUGUUUUUUGUGGUUAUUCUCCACAAAUUCCCGAAAGUCACUUAAUAAAUUACAAACACGUCUCAACACGAACACGAAAUGAACAACCUGCCUGACACUCCAGUUCCCGAUCCGGGUUCUAGCGGUGACAAACAAGAGGUGGUCACCGUUGCGCCUAGCAAGUCAAGUGCACUCAAAAAGACCAGUCGUUAUCGUAGUCGCUCUCUAUCUGCUUCAUCUACAGAUUCUUUUAGCUCAGCCUCAUAUACUGGCAGCAGCUCUGACGAUGGUGACGAUGUACCGCCACGCGAAAAAAUCCAAAAGAACACCAAAGGCAAUUCGGACUUUUGUGUACGUAACAUUGCCGGUCAGCAUGCUUUUGGCCGGCGUGAAAUCGAAAUAGCCGAACAGGAGAUGCCGGGUAUUAUGGCACUUAGGAAGCGGGCAGCCGAUGAUAAGCCGCUAAAAGAUGCGAAAAUAGUCGGCUGUACGCACAUUAAUGCGCAAACAGCGGUACUCAUUGAAACGUUGGUGGAGUUGGGUGCAUCAGUGCGGUGGGCUGCAUGCAACAUAUACUCGACGCAGAAUGAAGUUGCUGCCGCCUUGGCUGAAGCGGAUAUACCCAUUUUUGCAUGGCGUGGCGAGACGGAGGAGGAUUUCUGGUGGUGUAUCGACCGUUGUGUAAAUGCGGAGAGUUGGCAGCCGAAUAUGAUAUUGGACGAUGGCGGCGACGCAACGCAUUUGAUGCUGAAAAAAUACCCUACAAUGUUCAAGUUGGUAAAGGGCAUAGUAGAGGAGAGUGUCACCGGAGUGCAUCGUCUGUAUCAAUUGUCGAAAGCUGGCAAACUAACUGUGCCCGCAAUGAAUGUCAACGAUUCGGUAACAAAGACGAAAUUCGACAAUCUAUACAGCUGCAAGGAGUCCAUACUCGAUAGCUUAAAACGUUCAACGGACGUAAUGUUCGGUGGCAAACAGGUGGUCGUUUGCGGCUACGGUGAUGUCGGCAAGGGCUGUGCACAGGCAUUGAAGGGACAAGGUUGCAUUGUAUAUAUAACGGAAAUAGAUCCGAUUUGCGCACUACAAGCCAGUAUGGAUGGGUUCCGUGUGGUUAAGCUUAACGAAGUGAUACGCAAUGUGGAUAUUGUGGUCACAGCAACUGGCAAUAAGAAUGUUGUGGUGCGUGAGCACAUGGAUAAAAUGAAGAGUGGUUGCAUUAUAUGCAACAUGGGCCAUUCAAAUACCGAAAUCGAUGUGAAUGGUCUGCGUACACCCGACUUGACGUGGGAGAAAGUACGCUCGCAGGUCGAUCACAUUAUAUGGCCCGAAGGCAAAUAUAUUAUAUUGCUAGCUGAAGGUCGUCUCGUCAAUUUGUCCUGCUCCAGCAUACCAUCGUUCGCUGUGUCAAUUACUUCGGCCACACAGGCGCUCGCUCUAAUCGAACUAUUCAAUGCACCACCUGGUCGGUAUAAAUCCGAUGUAUAUUUGCUGCCGAAGAAAAUGGACGAGUACGUGGCAAGUUUACACUUGCCCACGUUUGAUGCACAUUUGACCGAAUUGACCGACGAACAAGCUAAGUAUAUGGGCCUUAAUAAAGCCGGUCCUUUCAAGCCCAACUACUAUAGAUACUAAACAGCUACGACAAGAAAGGGAAAGCGCUGUGCAAUUUUCGGUCUGUAUGUGAUUAAGAAUGGAAAGUGGUGAUAGGGAGACUUGUGGGAUCAACAUGAAAUGAAGUAAGGGGCGCGCGCAAACUGCCAACGAAAGUAUUCUAAUUUGAAAGCAUUUCAGCUAAGUUUAAAGUUAUUGCUGAAACUGAGCUUACACAUACUAUAAAUGGUUAAAAGAUAGGAAAACAAAAUACAUAUGCAAUAAGGCACUUAUUACCAGCAAACACAAAUAUUCGUGCACCAACACAGCAAAACCAUAAUUAUACGAAUAAGAGCAAUAAAUAUUUAGAGUUGCAAGAAUUUAAUUGCAUACAAACAGUAUAUAAGGCUUAGUAGGAAAUUUCAAUCAAUCACAUUGUAAAAAACGCUGAAUUAAAUUUUAGUUACUAGUGAAACAGUUCCCCCAGAUGGGGGAAAGAACUUGCCUAUACGAAAACAAAGAAGCAGUGGAGAAUUUAUUGAUAAUAGCAUUAACACGCCAACUCUAAUGACAAUGAGCUCAUGACAAACUAAUUAAAACUUUAGAACAAACCAACACUAACAAAUAGGAGAGAAAUAAACUAAUACGAGUAUUAAACAAGAAUAUAAGGACGUAUUUAUGCGGGCUAAAGUUAAUUUUUUAUUCUAUUAAAAACUCACUAAAGUAUUCUCUGAAUUGUGCAUAUUACAUUUAGCAUAUUUUUUAUUUUAAUGUAGUACAUUCUAUUUCUGAAUCACUUGUUAGCUUUGGCUAUGACCAUCAAUCGCUUGAUUUAACAUUAACUCGCAAUUUUUUAACUUAGCAGCAAAAUAAAAUUUUAAAAUUUUUAGCUUACUUUUUUACUAGUUAAAUAUUGUAUAUGCUUUGCAUUUAGUACCAUCGAUCCAAUCUUGCUAUAAUUUUAUGCAGCGAAUAGAAAAUAUAUUCCAUUUUGUUCUUCAACACUUAAAUGCUUACUUAUAUAUUUAUUGCAUAUAAUAUUGUAUAUAUGCUAGUUAUAUCGUCGACAAAACGAAGUUUACUUAUGUGCAGCAAAAAAUGUAUAAUGUACGAGUACAAGUAAAGUAAAAAAUGUUUGUAAAAAUAAAGCAACGUUUAAUAAGAAAAAAUC